AUGAGAAAUAUUAAAAAAGAUGUCAAAGAAUUCGUGUCCAUUCUUAACGCUCUAUAUUGGCAAACCAAAAGCGGUGAGAACCACGAAGAUUUGGAUCAACAUAAUCAACCAUUCAAGUAUGAUGCAUGUUAUGAAUUGUUUAGAGCAAAGGUCCCUGGAUAUAAUUAUGAACUAACUGUAAGCCAAAACAGUGAGUUGUGGGAUAAUCAUCGUAACUUUGUCGCAGUCGAAGAUGAUACAAGCAUGUUUUCUUCUUCUUCUUCGAGCGUCGAGACCACUCUCUCAAGUACCAAGCCAAUGCUAAACAGUCUUGCUGAUGAAGCGACGUUGGCUAGCCUACCAUCUGGCUUUAGGUUCCAACCAAAUGAUGAAAUAUUAAUUGAUUACUAUCUCGCCAGAAAAAAUAUGGGAGAAGCAUUACCAGCUAACAGAAUGAAGGAAGUUCUCGAUUUCUACGACCAUCAUCCUAAAAAGCUUACACAGGAUUACAAGGGGUAUGAAUCAAGCGAUUGGUACUUAUUUACAAGAAAGUACACCGGGGAAGAAGCAGUAGGAGGCAGUCUGGAUAACCCCAACGGGGUUCGGAUUCGUGCCGCAGGGGAGGGCUGUUGGAUGUCAAAAACAGGAGGUAGUUUCAUCUAUUCGACCAAUGACUCUACAAUAAUUGGAUGCAAAGACACUUGGGCUUAUCAUGAAGUGCAAGGUUCGGAAGAACAUAAAACUGAGUAUGUAAUGACAGAAUUCAUGACGUCUGGUUGGGAAGAAAAUUCUGAGGAGGAAAAUGAUGAAUGGGUUUUGUGCGCAAUAUUCAAGAACUAG